AUUCAGCGACAUACUCCGCGACCGCGCGGCAACCAUCUGGGAGCAGGAACACCGGCACCCCUUCGUGGUGGAGUUGGGAGACGGCACCCUGCCUUUGGGGAAAUUCCAGUGGUACAUGAAGCAGGACUACCUGUACUGAUCGACUUCUCCCGCGUCAUUGCGCUGGCGGUCGCCAAGGCCGAUACCCUCGAGGACAUGGGCUGGUUCGCACGACUGCUCCACGAGACGCUGAACACGGAGAUGUCGCUCCACGUCAGCUUCUGCGAAGACUUCGGCAUAUCCGAGGACGAGCUUCUGGCAACCCGCUUGUCACCGACCACACUCGCCUACACCGACCACAUGCUCUCCAACGCACACUCGGGUACGAUUGCGGAGGUAGCAGCGACACUGCUUCCGUGCUCAUGGGGCUACGCCGAAAUCGGACAGGUACUCGAGGCUCGCGGCAAACCGAUGAACAGCCGCUCUACUGCCGGUGGAUCGAGAUGUACAGCUCACCGGAGUUCGGAGAGUUGGCCGAAUGGCUCCGCUCGUUCACAGACCGCACGGCGCUCGGUCUCUCGGACGCCCAGAGAGAGCGGCUUGUCGAAAUAUUCGUCACCAACAGCAAGUACGAGUACCUUUUCUGGGAUGCCGCGUAUCGGAUGGAGGAGUGGCCCGUCUGAUCCGCCGAUUCUGACGAAUAGCCUCGUGCGCGAAUACGUGUCGUUCCAGACGCAUACCGACGGGAAGUUCUGA